AUGCAGAUAAUGGGAACCCAAAUAUUGUCCCCAAAUCUCCCUGUCUCUCUCUUUCCCCUCCCCUCUCCUCCCCUCUCCUCUUUCUCUCCCCUCUCUCCUCCCUCUCCCUCUCUCUCUUCCCUCCCCUUUCUCCCUCGUUUCUCUCCCCUCUUUCUCUCCCUCUCCCCUCCCUCCUCUCCCUCUCUUAUAUCCCCUCUCUUCCCUCCCCUCUCCUCGUUUCUCUCCCCUCUCUUCCCUCCCCUCCCCUCCUCCCUCCCUCCCUCCUCCUCUCCCCUUCUCUCCCCCUCGUUUCUCUCCCCUCUCCCUAGAGAACAAUCCCUAGUUUCCUCUCCCCUCUCUUCCUCUCCCCUCCUUUCCUCUCUUCCCUCUCCCCCCCCUCCCCCCUCUCCCCUCUUCUCUCCCCUCUCUUCCUCUCCCUCUCUUCCCUCCCCUCCCUCCCUCUCUCCCCUCUUUUCUCCCCUCUUCCCUCUCCCCUCCCCUCUUCCCUCCCCUCAUUUCUCUCCCCUCUUCCCUCUCCCCCUUCCCUCCCUCUCUUCCUCACCUCCUCGUUUCUCUCCCCCUCAGGGGGCCUCUCUCCCUCCCCUCUUCGUUUCUCUCCCCUCGUUUUCUCCCCCUCUCCUCGUUUCUCUCCCUCUCCCUCCCUCCCCACCAAUCUCUCCCCUCUCUUCCUUGGUCCCCUACUUACUAAAAACCCUCCUAAUAAAAGUUUAUCGAUCGCUGUUGCAUUACUCAUCACCCUCCUCUUCUGUCCACUCUGCCUGUCUGUCUCCUCUUUCUCCCACUCACCAUUUCUCAUUUGCUCCUCUCUCUACCUUCCUCUCUUUUUCUUCCUUAUUGUUUUCUCCUUUUCAUUCUCUUCCCACCAUUACUACAAAAUUUGCUGACAGAAUAGAUUUCUUUCUCUUUCUCUUUUCAGCAUUCUCCCCUCCCCACCUCUAA